GAAGAAACCGGAAAUUAGUGCGUUCUAAAAAGAAAUCCCCAGGACCAGCAGCAGCCUUCAAUCUUCAGCGAGUGAAUCCUAUCUGUCUCCGUGUUAUUGAGGGUGAAGCUGCAGCGGGAGCGCCUGCUCCGGGACAUUUAGCGAGUGUUUAAAGACCAGGGCCGGUCUAAGCAGCGAGGCGGCAGCAUGCAGGAUCCAAAUGCAGAUACUGAAUGGAAUGACAUUUUACGGAAAAAAGGCAUCCUCCCUCACAAAGAGGAUGCAAAUCAGGCAGCAGAGGAAGAGCUCAUUCAGUACCAGAAACCGAUCGUUAAAACAUAUGAAGACAUGACCCUGGAGGAGUUAGAGGAGAAUGAGGAUGAAUUCAGUGAGGAAGAUGAAAGAGCCAUUGAAAUGUAUAGACAGCAGCGACUAGCCGAAUGGAAGGCAACCCAGAUGAAGAAGGUCUUUGGGGAAGUUUUGGAGAUCUCUGGGCCAGAAUAUGUGCAGGAGGUGACUAAAGCUGGCAAGGGUGUGUGGGUAAUACUGCAUCUUUACAAACAGGGGAUACCUCUUUGUGCCUUGGUCAAUCAACAUCUAAGUGAACUAGCAAGGAUGUUCCCAGAAACUAAAUUUAUUAAAGCAAUAUCCACAACCUGUAUACCCAACUACCCUGACAGGAACCUGCCAACAAUAUUUGUUUAUCGUGAUGGAGACAUCAAGGCACAGUAUGUUGGACCCUUGGUGUUUGGAGGCAUGAAUUUAACAAAAGAUGAACUGGAAUGGAAACUGUCAGAUUCUGGUGCAAUCAAAACUGAGCUAGAGGAAAAUCCACGAAGAAAGAUUGAAGAUAAGUUGAUGUCAUCUAUCAGGACAAGUGCACCCUUAAAGAACAACAGUGAUUCUGAAGAAGAUUAAUAAUUUAAAUAUAACGGGGUAAAGUUUCCAUUCUGAGUGCAUUGGAUAAUUUCAGUGCAAAUUACUUUCAGGUUGAAAAGACCCUCUUUGAGUCUUCAGUCACUGUGUUUGCGUAUCAUUGAACACACAAUGUGUAUUUAAUGAGGUAAAAUUUAAAAACAUUUAAUGUAAUUCAAAAUAAUUACUCAAUAUUUGUGGUAACUCAGUAAAACUUAUGAAAAUUACAUCUGAGAAUAGAUUUGUCAUUUUUAAAAAAAACACUUCAAAACAGUGUCAAUCCACUCUGUGUGUGUGACCUGAUAUUCUUUUUAGUUCUGAUCAUUACCUUAAAAAGUAGUGAGUUCCUUCUUCUUUUUCAACAAAAAUCAAAACAUACCAAUAAGUGCCCUUGUGCUUCAAAAACUCCAGUUUCAUUUUGAACCCUCCAGUCGACAAAAAAAAUCACCAUAAUCAUAAACUCAAUGAUUAACUCAUUCUGAGUCAAUGUCAUGGACUGGACCUACUUCUAGUGUAAUAUUUUUACAUUUAGUGCAAAAUAUUUGUACUUAAAAUUCUUCCCAUAUGCAAGUGUGAGGAAUUGCCUUUAGAAGUAGAAGUGCAUUCGAAUGGAAGCUCUAGAGAGUGGUUGUGACAUUAACAGAAAAAAAAGUAAGAAUUCAAAUUCUUACAUUUGUAAUCAUUCAACUUUGUUUUCAUAUUCACUCUUCGAAAGAGCCUCAAUUUUUUUAAAAAAUGCAGCUGUCUACUGCAUUGACAUCCUAUUUAAUUUAUAACUCUUUUGUGAACGCAGUAAAAUCUUGAAUAAAAUCUUGGCAUUCUUAAAUAAAGUUCUUCAGUCCAGUUGACAUCCGAAUAUAGCAAAACUGUGGGAUGAUAUUAUGAUGCUAAUUUUAACAAUAAUGGCUAUAUCUGAUAUAAUGCACUAUGACCUAAUAUUCCAUUUCUUCCAUCCUCAAAAAUAAAAUCUUGGAACAAUCCAAAAUCAUCCAUACAAAUGGUGUUUCCAAUCUGUUGUUUAAAUCUUACAGACUUCAGACUAAUGCCUGAUAUACACCUUUGGGGUAAAUGAGAGGAUGAUGAACUCGAGCAAUCACUGCUGAUUCUAAGCAAGUGACUCAUAUUUUGUGGAAGGCCUAUUUUGUGGAAAAUGGAUAACUAUAAUACUGCUACGUACCUUCCCUUCCCCCACCCACUUCAUCAAUUGUUAGGAUCGAUUGCUAGUGCUUAUUGUUGGGUUCAUAUUUUGAUAUUGCCUAUUUGGCCAAAUACUGGAAAGUUCCUUUGAAACUUAGCAUGAAAUCAGUCGUGCAGGGAAAGUACUGUAGAAGUACUGGAAAUGUAACAGGAAAAGCUACAGCAUUAUACUGGAACAAGAUUAGGUUCACCAUGAUCUGAUUGUGGUCAAAUAUGUUAAAAUUAACUGGUUUUUUUUUCUCUGUGAACCUAGAACCAACUGGAGUGCUGCCAAUAUCUGUGGAAUGAUCAGCUUCUGUUGAAUCCCAUCCAUACAGGUUAUGUAGGAAAGUUGGUGCUGUGCAGAGGGAAGGUUUGCUCAUGUUUGACUAAACGAGUGAGCUUUGUUAGUCUUGCUCUUGCAUCUGAGAGGAAAGAAAAAUGGCUGUUCAUGGCAGGAAUUUGUGCCUUUUUAUAUAGCUGUAACAUGGAUUUGGAUAGAUUACCCAGGAAAAGUUUAAUCAAGUACAAAACCAACUUAUAGACUUCUUUAUGGAUUAAUUCUCCAUGAAAUUAAGCAUAUUUCACUCCCUAUCAAAUGUAAGCUAUUAAUACCCAUUGCUAAUUUGUUAAAUAGAUUACUGGUAGAAAAAUCUUUGGCUUAGACACCUAGCUAUUUUACAUGAAGUGUAAGUACAAGGAAUUUGACUUGGCAAGGAAUGGGAACAUACUUUAACUUAACAAUAAAUCUGAGCUUGAUGUUCUAAUGUGCACAAUUAUUUAUAUGUCCUUUACCAACAAAAGCAAAAAAAGAAAUUUUUGAAACUUUUCUGAAUGGGGCAUAUAUGGUAGUAUGAAACCCACAGUAAGAUUGCCUUCAGUCUUUAAGUAUAACACUUGAUGACUAGGAAAUUUCCAGUUUCCUCACUGAACACUUUUGAAUAAAGAUUCUCAGUUUGCAAACAUCAUUGAAACAAAUUCAAACUCUGCUGGAAUAGUAUUACUCAGAUUUUGGAAGGAUCUUCUUUACUGCACAAUAAAUGUUUUUAAUACUGUUCUUCCUUGUCAUGUCUUCUAUUUUCUCUCAACCUCACCUUCCUGACUUAUUUCACCUUCACUUUUUCUUACUUAUGUUGAAAAUAGCUCAUUUUAAAUUUGUAGCUUUGGUUAUUUUAAAAAAAAUUUUUUUUAAAGAAAUGAUCGUCUUUGGUACUGACUCCUUAUGGCAAUGGCACCUUUAUACCGACAUAAGUUUUAAUACAAGAUCCAUUGCAUAUUAACUGGUAUCCCAGGGUUUCAUCCCUGAAAUGUCUUAAUGUUACAAACAAGGUAAAUUUUUAAUAUUUUGUUUUUCAGAUGCCAUCCAAAAGAAUGACCAAUUAAUGGUUUAAUUUGGCUGUGUGUGGAGUUAAUGCCAUUGUUUUCCAGUAAUGAUGUAAGAGCACUGACAUGUGAUGUAAUAGUACCAGGAAGUAAUCUCCAAUGAAAAUGUUAUAUUCCACACAUCCAAGUAAAAUCAAUGUAUAAAAACCUAGGAGUGCUCUGUGUUGUAAUUUAAUUCAGAGGAUAGAUGUCAAUUGCAUAAAGGCUGCUGAUUGUAAGAGAGAGAACUCAAUUUUGUCUUACCACAGCCAUUGCAUUUUUGUGCAUUGUGGAAAAGUUCCUCUAAAUUAUGUAUACUCGUUUGCUGUUUUCUAUACAUGUUCCUACAAAAUCAUGUCUGCAGGAUAUGAUAUAUUCUGUUCAUGUGUUGUAAAGG